UCCUCCUCCGACACACGAACCGAAACACACUUCCACAACAUGUCGUUUGACACCGAACGGUCACGUUUUAAACUAGUAGCCUAUUGAAAAAUACAUCUAAAACUGAAUGCGAAAUCGCUGUAGAAAAUGAGAAAACAAGAAUCGAGAUGACAAAUGAGACACGACCGUGUGAUUUCCUGAAGUGACUGUAACUCCUGCUCGCGCUCAGACACCCGACCCACAUGGCCCACAGCAGCGAUCAGUACACGUCUCUAAACUAUCCCGAGGAGAAUGACGAAACCAGGAGUGAAGAGUUUGAGUCAGAACUUCACCCAGACGUCACUCACAACCGUUCCACAACCGUCAUUCACCAGCAUAACACAGUGAGCUACGCCCAUCAGACGCCCUUCCCCAGCUGGGACGGCCCCAUCAGGGCGGAUUCUCCUCACAGCCUGCCCUCCUGCCUCCCGUCUGCCAUCUACCACACGCUCUCGGAUGAAGGCUCGUUUUUCCCCAGCAGGCCUCACUCUCUGCCGGGCAGCUGUAGUCCGAGUCUGGAGAGUCUGGAGUAUCCCAGAUCUCUGCGUUCCUUUCCUCCGUCUGCGAACAUGUACCACCAUCCCUCCCCCUCGUACCCCAACGCUUACCUGCGGCCGCCGUGUUGCGGUCAGUUCGGUCCACCGCCGCGUCACAUGAUUCCCAUCCAUCACUGCAGCUCCAGACACGGACAUCAGCCGCCCUACAGACCCUCAGGCCUGAUGCAGUACAGACAAAUGGACACACGCUUCUCUGAAAAUGGAAAUGCAUCUGUGAACUCCAGACAGGCCAGUCAGUGUAUCACACACCUGCCACAGGAACAGAGGAAAGUUUUUGUCACGUACGAGGCCGACAGUGAAGAGCAUUUGAAGGAGAUCAUUAAGUUUGUGUCUUUGCUGAGGAACAACGGCUUUGACACGCAUAUUGAUGUUUUCGAGCAGCAGCUGAACAGCAUCAGUAAGAUCGACUGCAUGGAGCGAUAUCUCAAUGAGAAAGAUUACCUGAUCAUCAUCAUCAUCAGCCUGAGGUAUUACGAGACCAUAUCAGGCAUGAAUACCAGUGUGGAGGGCGACGAGAGAACGUCAAACACUGUGUACAUCCACAAACAGCUGCAGAGUGAAUUCAUUCAGAACGGCUGCAGGAACUACAGGUUCAUUCCUAUUCUGUUCCCGGGGGCUAAAAAGUGUUACAUUCCCACCUGGCUGCAAAACACGCACGUCUACAGCUGGCCGAAAGACCGGGAUGAUAUUCUGCGCAGGUUAAUGCGUGUGGAGAAAUACAACCCUCCUCCCAUCGGCCCUCUGCCGACCAUAGUCUCCAUUCCCCUUUAGAGCAGUGCUUCAAAUCACAUACUAACAUACUACUUGACCAAUGACCUGGAACUGAUACAAUCUUUGUUUUUGACUUGUGUGAUCAGACUGCUGAAAGUUAAAGUAACAGUUCACCCAAAAAUUAAAACAUGCAGAAAAUGUGCUCACCC